UGGAGAGCAGCUGAGAUAUAAAAGGUUUGUCAGCACAUUCCACCAUCACCAAGUGGAGACCGUCACACUCAUAGAACACCAGCGAUCCGGGAAACACCCAGAUCCAAAAAACUACAAGUCAGAGGGCAUUAAAGUAAAACAAUGGAAGAAGAGAGUGUUCAUGAACCAUCCCCAUCGGGCUUUGUCCUGGCCGACUACGCGGUCUUUGCUGCCAUGCUUUUAGUCUCUAUGGCCAUCGGACUCUUCCAAGCUUUGAAGAAGAGUGGAAAGGAAGCCAGGGCAGAUGACUUCUUCACCGGGGGUCGGAGCUUGCCAGCGAUACCGGUUGGGCUGUCGCUGUGUGCCAGCUUCAUGUCAGCAGUCCAGGUUCUGGGUGUUCCUGCUGAAGCUUCUCGCUACGGCUUUAAAUUCCUCUACAUGUGCCUCGGACAGAGCAUCAACUCUUUGCUGACAGCUUACCUUUUCCUGCCAGUUUUCUUUCGACUUGGUAUCACCAGCACCAACCAGUAUCUGAAGUUGAGAUUUGGCCGAGGGAUGCAGCUGCUGGGGAGUGUCCAGUUUCUUGUAGCGACGCUGCUUUACACAGGGAUUGUCAUCUAUGCACCUGCUUUGAUUCUCAACCAAGCUACUGGACUGAACAUGUGGGUGUCCCUGUUUUCUACUGGGAUCAUUUGCACCCUGUACACCACACUGGGAGGCAUGAAGGCUGUGAUCUGGACUGAUGUGUUCCAGAUUAUCGUCAUGUUGUCGGGCUUUGUGGCCAUUUUCAUCCAUGGAACAGUUCUGGUUGGUGGACCUGGGCUUGUUCUGGAGAUCGCCAAGAAUGGAUCACGCAUUAAUUUUGAUUCCUUUGAUGUCGAUCCACGUCAGCGUUACACCUUCUGGAGCCUUUCUGUCGGAGGUGCACUGGUGUGGCUGUCCAUGUACGGGGUAAAUCAAGCUCAAGUCCAGCGCUAUGUCUCCUGCAGAACAGAAAGAGAUGCCCAGUGGGCACUGUUUGUGAACCAAGUGGGCCUGUGCCUCAUUGUGAGCAGUGCCGGAACGUGUGGCAUCGUCAUGUUUGCUUACUACAUCAGCUGUGAUCCACUCAAGUCCGGGAAGAUUUCUGCCCCGGAUCUGUAUAUGCCGUACUUCGUGUUGGACAUAUUCAGAAAUCACCCUGGCUUUCCGGGGCUUUUCCUGGCUUGUGCAUACAGUGGGACUCUAAGCACGGCCUCCACAAGUAUCAAUGCAAUGGCUGCAGUGACGAUGGAGGAUAUUCUGCAACCUCACCUGGUCAACAUUUCCCAGAAGAAAUUAAUCCUCAUUUCCAAAGGCCUAUCAUUCCUAUUUGGAGUUGGUUGUAUCACAGUGGCUGCUCUGUCUUCAUUCCUGGACUGGGGAGUACUUCAGGGAUCGUUCACUGUCAUGGGAGUGGUCAGUGGUCCAUUACUGGGUGUCUUCAUUUUGGGGAUGUUUGUCCCAGCGGCAAACCGUCCUGGGGCCUUCUCAGGAAUAGUUGUGGGCUUCUGUGUCUCUCUGUGGCUGGCUGUCGGCUCAACUCUUUACCCUCCAAGUGAGCAAACCAUGGGUGUGCUGCCCAGUUACACAGACCAGUGUGAAGCCAGCAACAUCAGCAUUAGGAGCGUCCCUGAGCAGCACUCCAUCUCAACCCCGAUUCAUCCUAACUACCCGGGGGGCCUGCAGAACUUUUACUCCAUGUCCUACCUCUACUUUGGUGCCAUGGCCACCAGUUCAGUCGUGAUAGUGGGGCUGAUUGUGAGCUAUGCAACAGGGCCAACAAAAAGAGGGCAUAUUAAAGAGGGUUUGCUGUGGUGGGAUCUAAAUAAAAAACAAGUGGACAUUCAGUUAGAGCACAGGGCUGGAACCAUGUCAAAGAGGUUUUCUUGCCCUCUGCACAAUGCAUGCUGGGAUACUCUUCAGCCACGCAUUUGCCCAAGUAGCAAACAUGUAGACCAGGAGGAAAGCCUGAGAGACAAGCCCCAGCUUGUGCCUUUGAGAGACCUGCAUAAAGAAGACGUUCAUGCAACAGACGAUGAAAAUACUGAACUACCUCUCAAGGUUUAGGUGAAAAGCUUCACCUUUAAUCUCAUUUAAUAAGAACUGCAUUUCCUCUUCGGCGGCAGUAAGCAUUUUUAGCACUUAUAUCUUUGUCAUCAGUCCAAGUCUUCUUUCCUACAACUAUUGUUUCUUUGUCAAAGUCUGACUUAUAUUUAUAGCUAGAUUAAACAAAAUCUCUUUUAAUAAGUAUCUAUCAUACCAGGUGUAAUAGGACAAUGAAGGGAUUAAGAAAGGGAAUGUUUAUGAAAUACUUGAAGGUAUUGUUACGAUUCCUUACAGCUGAGUGGCUCUGUCAUCAGGACAUUCAUUCAGCCAUGACCUAUAUCUGUGUGAUGCAAACCUGUCUAAAGGAUAAGGGAGUGGCAGCCUGAAGUAAAGCAUCCUUUCAGUAAAUGAACUAUUGUUUCCUCGUUCUCCACUCUGAUUCAUGUUUGAUAUUUUCUUUCAAUCACUUCCUCUCAAGUGGACAGUAAAGGGAGUGUAUCUGUUAUAAAAUUAUAUGACUGGUGGGAAGAUGUGCCAGUGGGCUUCCUGAGUGGGGCGCACCAAGUCAAUAUAGACUUUGGGAAACACCUUAAAGCCGUUGGACAUCUUUGCAACCAUUGUGUGAAAAAAGGUCAACUCGUUCUUUGGUCAUGCAGUCCCACAGAAGCAGAAGGUAGCAUCGGUAUUGUCUGUUCUUUAACAUUAAAAGUGUUAAUGCUUUAUGUAAAUACAUUUUAUUUUAUCCUUUGGUAAAUGAUGUAAUAUUGAGUGCAUUUUGUAUUACUGAAAGUGUA